GGCACGUAGUGAGUUUUUCCAACAUGGACAACAGAGACGGUAGUUCAGGUGGCACUCAGGAAAAAACGUCAGAUUUUUAUAAAACACAUAACUUACCCACCCGUUUUGAAUAUCCAGGUUUACAGAACUACAGCAAAACCAGACGAACUCCAACAAAUCUGUUCUACGCGACUACCUACAACGAUUACGGAUACUUCCCGCCAACUGUGCACACUGCGAGGAAAUGUUAUCACGGAAAGUCGCAGCGAUUCGGGCAAGAGCAGUUUAUCAGAGGAAUGUAUAGAGAUCACUCGUUGAACAUGUGAACGAUAUCUACAAUAAUAUAUCCAUAGUAAUAUAUAAAAAUAUAGACA